AUGAAGUUUUUAACACUCUUAGCGCUGUGCGCUAUAACAUCAGCACACGAAAUCACCCAACUGAAGGUCCCAUUGUACGCGGACCCUCGACGGGCAGCGGAGUUGAGCUGUCACUUUCGAAUGGACGAUCAGAGACUACACUCCGUCAAGUGGUAUAGGGAUAUGAAUGAGAUAUUCAGAUAUAACCCCUCACAGAAGGUGCCCAUCCGUCUGUUCAAUGUAACUGGGAUUAUGGUACAAGGCGGGGACUGCCAGACAGACUCGUGUAUGGUGCGUGUGAUGCCCCCGCCGAUUGCGACGAGAGCGGCAUAUACUUGCGAAGUUUCCACAGAAGGCCCAAAGUUUCAGAUAGCAAGACAAACUAAACAUAUGACUGUAGUCGCGAUGCCAGAUAAGGACCCCAUAAUAAUUGGGGCUCCGAAAUUAGUGAAGCCCGGAGAGCAAAUACUCCUGAACUGCACGUCCGACUACUCGCUGCCACCGUCUGAUAUUAAUUGGUACAUAGACAAUGAACUUGCAAAGACUGAACCAUGGCAGCGUAGGGAGCUUAGCGCGCCUCAACCGGGGGGUCUACGCGCAUCGUGGAGAGUGCUACGUGUGUCAGUACCGUCUACUGCAAGCGGCGCCUUACGAAUACGAUGUGAAUCUACCCUACCCGUAGAGCCACCUGUAGUGCGAGAUACUGCUACUAUCAUCACUGUGUAUUCACGUACGCAGCUAUCGAAAUAUGUUUCUAAUAGAGGUACAUUUGCUGAAAACAAUAAAAGUUUUAUGAUUGUUUUCAUCUGGACUUUUAGAGAAAUAUUAAAGUUUGUGAGCUUA